AUGCUGACCUGCAUCUCCACAGACUCCAUCAACGAUGCGACCCACACACCAGCAGCUUCCGACACCUCUUUGUUUACAGCAGACAGCGUCAAGAACGCCAUCGUCCAUCGCCUUGGAUCCCUAACCCUAGAAGAUAGUCUUUCCACAUAUCACCGGGAAAUCGAGCCAUGGUUUCCCAUUAUUUCGACUACAAGCCUGCACAAUAGACUCACACAGACAUGCAAUACAUGGGGGGAAGUUCCCCUCGAUAUCGCAUUACUCUGCAUCUCGAUCAUCCUUGUCGCAACUCCUCCACCUGCGUCUCCAGAGAAUGAACACUGUCUCUCGGAUUUCAAGUCUACCUACUGUCAAGUGAAAACCUGGAUAUCUUCGACCGAAGUCCUGGGUCUCAAUUCUCCUCAGAUCGCUCAGGCGAGAGUUCUAGCGACUCUAUUUGAGGUAGCUCACGGACUGUACCCAGCAGCUUAUAUUUCAAUUGGAGCAACCGUCAACGCAGCAGAUGCGCUUACACUACACCCGGGAGCAGCUCCUCGGUCUCCUCACAGCACUGGGGAUGAGAACAAUUGGAAGCGAGAAGAAAGUGCACUCAUCUGGUGCGGAAUUCUGAUCUUGGACAGAUACAUCACAGUAGAGUCUGGCUCUCACCCCUCUCUUACGCGUUCACGAUUUCAGGCUCUCCAAGAUCUUCUCGAGCCUGUUCUGCGCUUGACACAUUCGCAGCAGCAACAAGACGAACCAGACAUCAGUUCCCGUCUGACUCGACUGGUUGAAGCCACCACCUUGCUCGACAAGAUCCAUGCCAUUCUCAACAGCCCUACUGCGGAGCACCAAAUCGACGUGGAGGAGUUGAUUUUUACGGUUCAGACAGUAAUCAAUUUCCAGACGGAAAUAGACAAGGAGGUCGGGGAUCAAGCCUGCGCCCAUGUCAGUGGACUAGGUCCUUGCAAUACUGCUCUCCUUCUUGCACUGGAAAACGGUACUAAGGUACCUCCGGUCGCCGGUGCGCUUCAAGACUGUAAUGCCGUGGCCACAAACUCUCUUGGUUCUGUCAUAUCCACCAUCACUACCACGGUCGAGCUCUUCACACUUGGCCGGCAAUCCAUAGAUCUGAGAAUGCUGCCUCCAUUCUUCACAAUUUUGGUAUAUAAAACAGCAGCGAUUAUAACGAGGAUACUGUUGAUGAACACCAGUGCCACAACUGACGGUGGAGAUAUGAAGGAAUAUUUGAGAAAAUUGAUACUGCUCAGAAACUUUCUGGGCAUCGUUGGAGUCCGGUGGCUGGGUUGCGAGCGUUACCUGAAGAUGCUCGAUGAAGACACGACACCGCGGCUGCUGAGGGCCAUGGGAGAAGGAUACGCAGCCUGCGGUCGAUAG